AUGUCAUGUACUUCUCUCACUACUUAUGUACCGGGGAAACAAUCCAACCGGGGGAUUGUUUUACUAGCCCGCAGGAUUUCCAGGUGCUAUCCUGCGUCUAAGGAUGAGCGGUCCAACCGGGGGACGAAACUCCAUAGCUCACACGCCGGAAAUACCAAUGCCACGUGUAGCGCACGUACUAAGUCCUACGCACGUACACUACAUCAUCACACACCGGAACUACCAAUGCCAUGUGUGAUGAUUCCAAGCAAUAUACAUACUCUUCCCAUACGCCGGAACUACCAACGCCACGUGUGA